AUGACUACCAGCAACACAGAAGUAGAUAACGUGGGGGCUCUUCUCCAGCAACUAACGGACACUAACGACGCUAUUCAGAACAGUAUUUCAUUGGCACGAACUUUAUUAUCCCUCCCCGUUGGUGUUAGUAACGAUCCACUGAAUUACCUAGAGACAUUUCAGGAAAUCUCAAUAAUUCCUUUAGUUCGACAAUUCAAUCGCCUUGUAAGUCAAAUUAAUGGGUUACCGGAGAGGGAUUAUUUCCGCGAGUCCAUUGACACAGUUUACAACAGUUUUAGAUAUUUAGCUCAACUGGUUGGCCGCAUAAUUCGUCAAUCUCGCGAGUCCUCUCACGUUGAUUUCCCAGCUGAUAGAGAGGAUGUGGAGAGGCUAACUCAAAUAAUAAUUGCAGCCAAUCACGUUAAUGCAGAAUCUGAGUGUUCGAUUUGCACCGAGCCUUUUCAACUUGGGGAAGAUGCCCGACAGAUGCCUUGUCAUCAAUCCCACAUAUUCCAUACUCACUGCCUCCUUCCAUGGCUGGAAAGGCAGACUAAGGCAAGUUAUCGACAGUCUUCAAUACGACAUAUCGAUGGCACAAAAAGAUCUUCAGAACAUUCCAGAAAGCUCACUAAUUCGCGACAGUCUUUGCAGCAGAAUUUUGAUGGCACAAAUUUCAUUAUCCAAUCUGUUAGAGACGAUCAUGUUGAGAUCUCGGAAGUUGAGUUGGCAGCUGAUAGAGAAGAUAUGGAGAGGCUAACUCAAAUUAUAAUUGCAGCCAAUCAUGUCAAUGCAGAAUCUGAGUGUUCGAUUUGCACCGAGCCUUUUCAAGUGGGGGAUGAUGCUCGACAGAUGCCUUGUCAUGAAUCUCACAUAUUCCAUGCUCGCUGCCUUGUUCAAUGGCUGGAAAGGCGUAAUAAUUGUCCCACCUGUAGAACUCGCUUAGUACGUCCGAUAAAUGGAAUUUCAGAUUCUCAGAGCGAGGAAUUUAUCACAUCCAGAACUUAUAAUAAUGCAUAG